AUGCACCCCAACUCCCUAGUACGCCGCUCGGCCUCCCCCGCUCUCGCACCAACCUCGUCUCUCCAGAAGAGCCCUAAAGCCCAGACCGCCCAUGCGGAGACUAUGCAGACGGACGCCAACCCCGGCAACGCCCAAGGAGGUCAAACCUCCUCAAUCGCCCCAGAAAACACUCCCAGGCCGUCCCCUGGGCGCCCAGGCUCCCCCUCCUUCGCGGAAGUAGCUGCGAACGCUGCGAAGAAGGACGCCGCAAAAAAGAAGGAAGCGGCCAAAAAGGCGGCGUCGACCAGAAUGCAAGACAUCGUUCAGGCGCUGGCAACCCCAGGCGACCAGGUAGCGACCUCUGAGUCCACGAACGUCACCGAGCCACCGACGCUACCCCCGGUGGAGACGCGAGUCGAACCCGCUGUAGCCAUAGAGGCCCCGCCGUUGGUGCAGACCGACAACCAGCAGAAGAAGAAGAAGAAGAAGGCGGUUAAGACCACGAUCGCACACAUAGGCCUUGGCCUCCCUACGCACCCCACCACUGUCGACCCUGCCCUCACGGUCCUCGAACCACACACCGCCUCUAACCCCCGCAAACGUCGCCGCACCAACGACGCGGCGGACGAUGCUGGGACCUCCUCCCGUCCGAAGCCAACGGCCGAGCCACCGAGCCAAUCCGGGGCAUCCUUCUCUAGGACGGCGACCCCUCUAAGUGACGACCUCUCUCUGACGCCUGGGUAUAACUCUGACCGGGAGCCCACGAUCGGCGAUAUGGACGCCUACCACGGGCUUGACCCCGCAACGAUCAACCCGGAGAACAGGCCUCCCCCCUUCCACUUUCCUCCGGCCCAAUGGGACACAUCUCUCAACCCUCAGUGGGAACACCCCACCGUCGAAGAAGAACUCUUCUGGGGAGGCCGAGCGCUGGCUAGAAACGAACCCGCACUCACCAUGCACGCCAUGCCCCCACAGGCCCCCUUCGGCGACCCCAUCAUCAACGAGUACAUCAGGAACACCGAGUACCCCGACUUCAGCCGAGUCCCCCAGCCGCACUUCGGGCAGAACCCCUCCCUCGGACGAAGCAUGGCUUUCCCAGCCUCCCUCCGCACCCUGCUGAACGACCCACUAACUGCGACCUCGGCGCCCGCACCACCGUCAGUCGGAGACCCCCAGGUGUACGGCGCCCCUCCGCCUCCGACCAACGGUCUAGCGGCCAGGAACCGCUCUGACAACCAGACGCCGACGCCUCGAAACCAAGGGCAGAAGCAAGACUACCCGAACGGUCUUGAACAGCCGAUAGCGGCCCCAACGCCAAGGAGGCCGGACGCAUACACACCGUCUACCGUCGGGCUGAACCACGCCCGCCCGUCCUCCCGUGCCUCUGUCUUAUCGUACGUCACGGCUCGCCCAGCGGCUCCCCACCAACCCGAGCAGGACGAGAACACCAUGGACGUUGACGAGGAGCCGCGGGCCAACCCUACGGACCCCCCUGCUCCUCAUAGUACCCUACCUAGCAGCCGGCCCGGUCGUCCAGCCCCCUCCCGCACUGUGCAGCAAUUCCGCCGCCACCACCGCCUCCCGGUCAACAAUGCCACCGCAGGCCCGUCCAACAUCGGACCGCCUAGCGCCGGACCAUCCAACGCCGGCCCGUCCAACGCAGCACCACCCAAUCUCGCACCACCAGGGACAGCCCCGGUCCACUUCCGCUUCACCAACGAAGAAGUAAGGCACACCUUCGGCGACCCGGCGAGCGUCAGAUACCACCGCCACGAGAUCCCCGACCCCCCAAUACACGCCCCCCAGAACGAACGUGCGAACGAGGACGAUGUUGAAGAGGAGGACGAGGACGACGGCCAGGCAAAUCUGCUGUACCAGGAAUGGAUGCCAGCCGCCGUUACCCCGGCGCCCCCCGGCGGCUGGAGGGCGAUCCAAGGAGAGUCCUUCUACUUCAAACAAGACGGACAGUGCCAGAAGCAGGCCUCGAAGUGGCUGUCCAGCCCACGCCCGGGCCUCCUGGUCUCGUUCGCGGGCCACGGAGCACGUGACAACGACCCCGACAGCCUAGACAGGAUAGUACGACUUCAGGACACCCUUAAGGAAGAGUACAACAUCCCCAACCCGGAACUCUACCUUCCCGACGCCGACACCGCGGACGGACAGCCACCAAAGGACAACGAAGACCCCAUCUAUAUCCUACUACAGGGCAUCACCACAGUCCAACGAAGAACCCUUCUGAGGAAGAAGUGGCACGUCACUAAGGACCUCCAAGUACGCUUCGUCGACUUAUCGCUGGCCCCCUCGACGUGGAUGGGCUCCUUCGAAAAGAAGGCCGCCUUCGGCAUAAUGAAGGCAGAACAGAUCCUCCCCCACUUCCGCGCCGGCUUCAGACGGGAGCCACUUCGCAGCCGUACGCUUGAAGCCAUCAACCUCGACAAGGCGGCCGGCCCUCGAAGCAAAUGGGGCGACCUCCCCGCCCUCGUCGCGCUUGAACUAACCAUUAACUCCGCCUACAUACGUAUCAUGCCACGAAAGACGACGGGAGGAGCCUCGGACCCGCUUAUCCAGCUCUAUUGUGAGUCCCCGACGUAUCAUCCCCGCGACUGGUAUAUCUGGCGUGAAGCUGUCCGCGAACAGCCCUUCUCCACGGAAAACGGCGCGAAGGCAGUCCUCCUCCGAAAGACCUUCAAAUGCAAGCUAUGCCACUCGGCCGACCACCCGGUCGGCCUCUGCGACCUGCCCACGGUCCCGGGAUGGAACGGCCCCACAACCGAUGAAGUCGCUAGCCGAGGGCGCCCGGAAACGUCGCGUAACGAAGGGAGAGCGCAGAGGGGACGAGGUGGACAACGCGGCCGAGGCAACCGCGGUCGAGGAGGCCGCGGCCAGGGCAGAGGCCAGGACACGGCGGAUCGAGCGAGAACGGAAGGUACGCCGCGCAUAACCCGCCGCUACAACGACGAUGAAGGGUGGGCUCACUAG